GCAGGGCCUCUGCUCGUCCUCCACUCUGCUUCACUUCACCUCUCUUCUGCCUUCCCUCCCAAUGGGGCGCCGCCGCCAUGUCGUCGUCGUCCUCCUCCUCCUGCUCCUCUUGCAGCUGGUUCCCCGGAUCCUCGCCUCCACCGCCGCCACCCACGGCAAUGCAGAGGCCGCCAUUACCAAGGAGGAAGGGGGCAGCGUGGGGGCCAUGAUGCAGCAGACGCUGGGUUCCCGGCCGCCGAGCUGCGAGGGGCAGUGCCAGUGGGCGUGCGGCGGCCGCCGGUGCGAGGCCGUGCAGGUGCCCGUCGCUCCGCGCGACCUGGGGCAGCAGCUGAAGAAUAGGAAGAAGGAGAAGCGGGCAUCGCCGGCGGCAGGGCGAGGAGGGGGCGCGCUGCUGCCGUCCUCGUACGACGAGCACUCCAACUACAAGCCGCUCGGCUGGAGAUGCAAGUGCCUCCACUCCUAGGCCUGGCUAGCUUAAUAUCAAUCACGCCAUGGAUUCUAAGCUACCUUCUACGUAGUGUCAGUAUAUAUGAAUCUGAAGCUUCGUUCGUUGUAGUAUUGUACGUACAUGGGAUCUGCAAACCUUGCUUCUGUGCUCUGCU